AUGAAUUUUAUAUUGUUUAUUGUUUUAUAUGGGGUGUUUUCCCCAGAGAUUAGUGGUAUGGAUCCCACUUAUGAAGGGCCUUAUAUAACACCUGUAGGUGAAGAGCCAAAGACUGAACAACCACAUACAAAAGAAGAAGAAAUUAAGGAGAAUAUCCCUGCUAAUGACAAAACUGAUGAUUAUUAUAAAAAUACAAAACAAUAUGUGUUCACAACACAAAAUCCAAAUGGCACUCAGUCUGAAAUAACUGUGAGAGCAACAACUGACCUGAAUUUUUCUCUGAGAAACUAAACAACCCAGGGUCCAAAUGAGCCUGCAUUUUGGACAAUGUUAGCUAAAGCUAUAAAUGCAACCACUGAGGACAACGAACGAGAUCAAUUUUUUCACCCAAUUCCAAAUUCUGAUUUAAACCCUGCAAAUGAAGACAACCUGGCAAAACUACAGGAAGCCAAAUUAAAAUUAAUGCUGGGCAUCUCGUUGAUGACCCUAUUCCUUUUUGUCAUCAUUUUGGCAGUCUCUAGUGCCAUGCUGUACAAAAUGAAGACAAUGAAAUAUGAAAAAUCAUGUGAGAGUGGUGAAUACUCUGUCAACCCAGAGCUGGCAACUCUGUCUUACUUUCAUCCAUCAGAAGGUGUAUCAGACACAUCUUUUUCUAAGAGUGCUGAAAGCAGCACAUUUUGGGGCACCACUUCUUCAGAAUUAAAGGACUCAGACACUAAGUCAAAGUCUAGGACAACAGAUGUGAUUUCCACAGUCUCAGAUGAGACAGGCGUGAAUGACGAGUCAGACUUAAUUCAGAGUGAGGAACCGAGCGAGGAACUGGAGGAACUGAGCGAGGAACAGAGCGAGGAACCCACUGAUGAAUAGACAAUUUUUUUGUCAUAAAAAAAAUGGUUUGGAAACUCUGCUGCGACCGUCACAUUUUCUGGUGUCUUAAAGGGCCAACGUAUUCAAUAAAAUUCUCUCAUCUACAAAAAUUACUUAACGGAAAAAAUACCAUGAAAUAAGGUGUGGAAAACUUCAUCAAGUAAAAAUGA